CGAGAACCAACAAAGCUGCCAGUUAUGGUUUACAUCCACGGCGAGUCUUAUGAUUGGAAUUCUGGCAAUCCAUAUGACGGUAGUGUCCUAUCCAGCUUUGGUGGCGUCGUGGUAGUAACAAUCAACUAUCGAUUAGGUGUAUUGGGGUUUCUACCUGCAUUUGACGGUACUGCACGAGGUAACUAUGGAUUAAUGGAUCAGGUAGCAGCCUUGCAUUGGAUUCAAGAGAACAUAGCUGAAUUUGGUGGCGACGCAAACAAUGUUACUUUAUUUGGGCAAGGACAUGGAGCAGCUUGUGUGAAUUUUCUAAUGAUUUCACCAAUGGCAAGAGGUUUGUUUCAACGAGGUAUAAUGCAAAGUGGAUCAGCGCUUAGUCCUUGGGCGCUAGCUCGUGACGCUGCAACCCAUACACGAUACUUAGCAUCCGUUCUCGACUGUCCUACGAGAGACAACACAGCUUUGGUCGACUGCAUUCGGCAACGCUCAAUCGCGGACAUCAUGAGGGUUCAGUUGGACAUCCCCGACUAUCUGACAGCAUUCGGACCGACAAUAGACGGCAUAGUUAUACCAAACGAGCCCGCAAUCCUUAUGAAAAACUACAAGGACCUAUUCGGUCAAUAUGAUCUUCUGUUUGGUGUGACUAAAGUCGAAUCCUACUUCCGGUUUUCGGCCCACGAAGAGAAAUUCGGGAUUGAUUCCGUUCGCAGAGAUCGAAUAUUUCGAACGUUGGUGAGAAAUGUUUUUACAUUCCAUUUGCAGGAAAUUUAUUUAACAAUUUUAAACGAGUACACUGACUGGCUGCAUCCUGAACAGCAUCCGUUGAAUAUUUUUGAGACUACUGUGGAAGCUCUUAGUGAUGUACUGACUGUUGCUCCGAUGCUUAAAGCUGGGAAUUAUCACUCGGUGUCACAUGCUUCUAAGACUUUUUUCUAUGUAUUUGAUCACCAGACUGAAGAAAGUGAUUAUUCACCUAGAAUGGGGUGUGUUAGUGGAGAAGAAAUGAAUUAUGUUUUUGGAGCACCUCUUGUGUCCAGUCUGUCGCAUUUUAGCACAAACUACACCAGGUCAGAGUAUUCCUUAUCACGAUCUGUGAUGACGUACUGGACCAAUUUUGCAAAAAAUGGAGAUCCAAACGUUAUUUUCAAUGACGAAGACGUGGAAAGCGAAGAUAGGGAUUCAGCAAGAUACAACAUAGUUAGUUGGCCGCAGUAUGACAGGUUGCAUCAAAGAUAUAUUUUUAUUAGUUUAAAAUCAAAAGGGAAAGAUCAUUACCACUCUCAUCGUCUGUCUUUCUGGUUACAUCUCAUCCCAUCCCUCAACAGACCAGGAGAAGGAAAUCUAAGCUACGAACAUCACAUGUUGGACGACCACAACAACCUUCGCACUUACGAUGGCAAAGUGCGGGACAGACCUGUUAAUCUUUCUCGAAUCCUACCAGAAGACAUUUUCUUCCCACCUCCCAUGCACAUGCCAUCUGAAGCUCAUGUCCCCCAAUCAACCACACAAUCACCUGAUGCCACCACCAGCCGCAGACAAGUAACUAUCAAGCUCAAUAAUGUUGGUGUAACUCAAGUGGAUAGUUAUGAAAAUGCGUCUGGUAUUCUAGACGAUAGUGGGAGUACCGUGCCAUCCACUAACGAGAGGACUACUACAGCAUCCACGAGUCCUUUUGACAUGGGAGUUUAUUCCACUGCGCUUAGUGUUACGAUAGCUGUUGGGUGUUCUUUGCUCAUUCUGAAUGUGCUUAUCUUCGCUGGUGUGUAUUACCAGCGGGAUAGGAACAGGAUGGAACUAGCUCUGCAAAAAGCCAAUUUCCAACAACAACAACAAAUGGGAAAUAGACCUGACCAAGGAGGCAAUGUCGAUCCUUCAGCACAGUUGGGUAGUACAAGCAAGCAUCCUGUUAGAGCUCCACCGCCAUCUCCAGUUGGACAGUAUCUUCAGGUUCAGGACUUUACGUAUCCAACCAUGAAUCCGAGUCAGUAUCUCAACUCGCUUCCACCGAAGCACCAGGGGAUAUCGAUGAUGGGGCCACCCUCAAUCACAAACACGCCCAAACUGGAUCCGCAAGGAACCCCAGAGGCUCAACCACUGCUGCCUCAAAAUCAGAGUGAGGUGAGGAUGAUGAGUCAUAUGUGGCCACCACCAAAUCAGGAGAUCUCUGUGUGA